AUGAAAGAUCAUCUGCUGGAGAUUUUUAAUUCCAACAUUCCUAGUCUGACAGAAUAUACAUUGGCGGAGAUAGAGGCAGCAACCAAUGGAUUUUCAAUUGAAAAUAAGCUUGGACAAGGAGGAUAUGGCCCUGUUUAUAAGGGAAUAUUGCCAAAUGGAGAAGUAAUAGCAGCGAAGAAACUUUCAAAAACAUCCACCCAAGGAUUUGAGGAAUUUAAGAAUGAGGUUAUGCUUACUGCCAAGCUCCAACAUGUGAAUCUUGUCCGAGUUUUGGGUUUUUGCCUUGACAAUGAAGAACAGAUACUCAUCUACGAAUACAUGCAAAACAAAAGCUUAGACUUUUACCUUUUUGACCCCCUUAUACGUCUUAUUUUGGAUUGGAAAAAGCGUGUGUAUAUUAUCGAAGGAGUUAUUCAAGGACUUUUAUAUCUCCAAGAAUAUUCAAGAUUGACUGUUAUUCAUCGAGAUUUAAAAGUUAAUAAUGUGUUAUUAGAUGGAAAAAUGAAACCCAAAAUAUCAGAUUUUGGAAUGGCUAGAAUAUUUGUCAAAGAUGAUCUUGAAGCAAAUACAAAUCGUAUUUUUGGAACAGUAUAA